AUGCGCGAGCCGCUCGCACGAACCGUCCACGUCGUCAUCGUCGUCUUUAGCUGCUCGAUCCACGUCUCCGUGCCCAUCGCGGUCCUCGUCACCGCCGUCGCCGCUGCGCUGCGCAUCCUUUGGCUGCAUCGGCAGCACGCGCUCCGCGUCGACGACGUCGGCGAUGACGACGAUGCGACGGCGACCGCGCCGCUCGUUCUCAAGACUGACGCAUCGACGGAAGCCAAGCCGCCGCGCGCACUGCACGGCGCCCGCGUCGCGUUCACGGGCAUUGCGCUUGGUGCGGACGCCAAGGCCCAGGACAAGAAGCGCAUGUACUACACGCUCGAGGUUGCGCCCUUCGACGGCGGCGCGCCGUGGACGCUGCACCGAAGCUACCGCGACUUCCGGGCGCUUCGAUCGACGCUUCUGUCGACGUCGCUGUACUUCCAGCACCUUAGCUUCCCGCCGCGGUCGCCACUCGGCCACGCGUUCGUGAACCACGUCAAGCGCAGCCAGGGCCUCUUGGCCUUUGUCACGUACAUUGUUCAGCACGAAGUGCUCUCCCAACUGCCGUCGGUCGUCGCCUUCUUCGCCGUGCCCGAGGCCACACCGCUCUCGCUCUACGUGCCGCACCCGCACGAGCGCGACGGCGGCGACCAAGACCGCCUUCCGAGCGAGCAGCGGGCGAUGGUAGCCCAACUGCAGCAGCAGCUUGACCACGAUGAGCUCUUUAGCUGCCCCAUCAUGCUCGCGCGACACCUCCAGGUCGCGUCGUGGAGCCUCUCAGAAGCGCUAGCCCGCGUCCAGUCGAUCGUCGCAUGGCGUGCGGCCAACGUGCCCAGGAGCUUCAACAUGGAGGUGCUUGCAGCGGAGCUUGCGACCGGGAAGCUGUACGUCGCCGACUUUCUCGCCGCCGACGCCAGCGCGCUCGCGAUCGUCAAGCUCUACAAGGAGAACACGUGGUCUGCGGAGCACUAUGUCUCCAACAUCCAGUACACGAUCGAGCACGGCCUGCGGCGCGUCUCGCCCGUGCACAAGAUGCUGGUCGUCAUCGACUUUACCAACUACUCACUGACGUACUGCCCGGACAUGACGGCGUUCCAGGACUUCGUGCACAUGGUUGAGAAAUACUACAUCGAGCACCUCGGCGCCAUCUACCUCGUGGACCUCCCGUGGAUCUACGCCAAAAUGCUGCACAUGAUCAAACCGCUCCUCAACGCCACGACCCGAAGCAAGCUCACGAUGGUCAAGUCGAGCAACCUCAAGAGCCUCGCAGCGGUGCUCUCGACGGCCGACCUGUUGCGCCACGUCGGGCCGGCACCGACAUUCGAGUUGGACGUCGCCACGUACCUCAAACCCUUUUGCUAA